AUGACAGACGAAAAAAGACUGGAGGAUUUGAGGUCCAAAAUCAUGGAGUCUAUAGGAAGAUCAGACAAGGAUUCUGUGGGAGUUGAGAAUAAAAGAUCCAACACAAAUAAUGGUUAUAUAGAUGCACAUUCCAAGAGACAAAGAAGCGAUGGUAAGCUUCCGACUGCGCCAAAAAGCAGAGAUGCCCGAUAUUCCCGCAGUAACGGACUACAGUCUUCAGCUAUUGUGAACGCGAAUCGAUCUACUUAUGACCAAUCAAGGGCUGGUCCUCAUCGCCAAGGUCAACGAGAUGCAUUAGGGAGAUCAUACAAUAGAGAAAACAGAUAUAAUACUCACGGCUCUGUUCCACAAUGGAACGACAAUUCCUUUAGCAGACAAAGGGAUGAAAGAAGAGGAAGAAGCGAAAGAUCAGAUAGAAGAGACAGGAACGGAAAUGAAAACUACGGUCGUUUUGGGAAUCAAAGGAAAAAUGACGGUCGUAAGUUCCACGAUGACCAUGAAAAAAUGCAAGUACAAACUAAUAGGCACGAUAUGAACUAUAAUGCUCAAAAUGUUAUUUACCCCGGCUCAGCGUUUGAUUCUCCGGCUUACUAUAACAUGGCUUCCUCUAAGGCAAAUUCAAGACUCAUUAUCUCGGGUUUAUCUCACAGCACCAAUCCCCGCAUUGUAGCGGAUUUGAAAGCUUUGCUAGAAAAUUAUGUUGCAGGCUUGAAGGAAACUGAGAAGAAUUCGGAGGAUUUUGAAAUUACGGAUUUUUUUAUUGGUGAAGGAAGCCCCAACCAUGUCAUUGUCGAGUUUAGCUCCCAGAUAUGUAGUACUAUGGUUUUGGCUUGCCGAUCAUUUUUCAAAGCGAAACUUGGUGAUGUAGAAUUAGAUUGGAGGAGGCCAAACGAAUACGUUCAACAACUGGAUCAUUUGGUUGGGUUUUGCAGAGGUACGGUAAUCGCUCUAGAGAAUUUAGAAAAUGUGAAGGAAGCUAAUGAUGAUAAAAUGAAAGAGUUACUCGCGUCAUUUAAUAUAGCAAACGGUGCUUCCAAACUGCUUUUUUACAACUGCUCUCUCGGUGCAAAUAAUACUGACAAAGAACCCGAAUUUACCAAAUGCGUCCUAUUAUUGUUUGAAGUAGUCACUCCAGAUAUUCUAGAUAAAUUAAAACCAUACAAGUGGUUCAAGCCGAACGACGGCAAGACAUCGCAAGUUACAUCAUGGAUUACGUUUCAAAGCUUGCCAAAUCUUGUUACCCAAUCUGUGCAUCCAGAAUCUGUAGUUUUAAUGCUUUUGAACUGUUUGGACCCAUUGGAUUUGAAGGAUGAGACAUUCAUCACAGAGGUCAAAGAAACUUUAAAGUAUACUGUAAAGGGAAUAGAAGUGAUCAAGAUAUGUCAACCGGGUGUAGAUUACAGACUUAAUUAUGAAAACCUGGCCGUAGGUGCUGGUAAUAUUUAUAUCAAGUUCAAAACAUUGGAAGCCGCAAAAAACGCCAUGGAAGAACUACCGGGCACGCAAUUCAACGAUCGUACAGUUCUGUGCACGUAUAUAGAUGAGAGUGAUUUUGAUAUGAUGGAGGCGAUCCAAUUGCCAUGA